GAAUACUGACCAAGGUCAAUAGGCAUCUAGCCAAUCAGAAAGCAGAUUGAUUUACUGGAAGGGAGGCAUAUAGGCAAUGUUGAGGCAGCAAGGAGCAGGCCAACUGGAGGACGUCACUCACAAGAGACUAUGGGAGACACAGAGAAGAAAUAAAGCUGGAGUGAAGUGGAACAGACCCAGAAGAAGACGAAAGGAUAUAUUUGGCUAGCAGUCGUUGACUUCCGACAAGAAACAGCCAUGCCUCCUAAGAGUAGUCCUUCCAAGGUCAGGAUUUCUCCUUCUGCGACCAAAGAUCCUCCACCUCCUGACAAACCCAAACAAUCAUGCAAAGAGAGAUGUAAUGCUUGUAAUCCUUGUAAGAAUGUCUCCCCGAGCGUCUUAUGGGGGCUUCUUGUGGUUUUUGCAAUCAUCUCUACUGUCAUCUUGAUUUUGAUGAUCUAUCUCUAUGUUAUGUUGGAAGAUGAAAAGAGUCACCCUCUGGAGGAGCCCAUGCAGAAACUGAGGAACACAAUGGCCACAGGACUCCGAAGCCCAAAGCUCAACUACGAAAAUCCCUCCAAGGUAGCAGACGAAGUAAUGAAAUUGCCCUACCACGUAGAAGAAGCAGAAAAACUCUACAUGGAACGGAAAAAAAAGUACCAAUUACUCUUUAAAAAAGGCUUGACGUCUUCUGGACGCUGGCAACUUUUUGGGAGAAAUCUCUACUAUAUUUCAAAGGGACGGAAGACCUGGUACGACGCCGAGAACUUCUGCGUGUCCAGACAUGCCCACUUGGCCUCCAUCCUCAGUGAAGAAGAACAGAAUUACAUCAACUCUCAACUCAACCGUUCCACCUGGAUUGGUCUUUCGGAUGAAGAGGAGGAAGGUGUCUGGGAAUGGACCGAUGGCUCCAGUUUAACCAUACAGUAUUGGUCCAGCAGCCACGCGAUUAUCUCCAGGAUCUCAGGCAGCGAGGAAAAGGAUUGCACUUCCAUGGAGCCUUCACACAGCAGGUCUAGCUGGCAAGAAGCCAACUGCCACGACCUGAAGCAAUGGGUCUGCAAGGAGAGCCUCAGGGUUGAAGGACUGUGAAGCCUGCCUCACCCUCAGACCUGAAGUGACACUAGCCGACAGAGUGGUUUUUUUUUCAUUUCCAUAUCAAACCGCAUGGAAAAUCUACUCAUCACAGAAUAAAUGUACGAUUGGG